GGUUGGAAGGAACUGGAACUGGCCUUGUUGUACAUGAGAAAGCUCUUGGAAAGCAGUACAGACAUACGGAUGAAAGUGGAAAUCCCUCAAGAUACAAAGCUUGUGGAGCCGCUACAUGAAGCUUGUAUAUGGCGCCAAACAAGAGGCACCGCCACUGAAACUUUAGGAGCCGAGAACAAAGCUGAAUCCACAGAGAAGUUUCAAUUACAAUUUACAAAUCUGCCUUUCUGUUUUCUUAAAUAUUUUAUUAAUCCAAUGUUAUCAUAUCUGUGA